AUGCAGCCGGCGCGCGAGGCCCGCCGCAGCCUGGCGGGGCGGGAGGCCUUCACCGUGCUGCCCCCAGUGUCGCCCUCCCGCCCCCAGGCGCUCCGAGUCGCGCCGCGCCGCCACCGCAAGGCCUCCUUCGUGAUCCUCGCCGAGCGACCCCUGGCGCCGCCGCGGGACCCCUCCCCCGGGGGCAGGGUCAGCCCGCACCGCGGCCGAGGCUUCGUGCCGCCCCCGCCGCGCCCCGCCUCCGCCCUGUCGCCCUCGCGCAUCCCGCGCCGCGCCUCCGAGACGCGCCCGCCGCCUCCGGCCAGGAAGCCAUCCACCAGAAGGCGGCCGGUGCCAAACAACAACAACACCUUGGCCUACAAGAACAAGAACAACAACGUGCAGAGGCCCAGCGUCACGAACAAGGUUCCUGCGGCCGACCCCCUGAGCACCGGUGAGAACACCAGCGCAGUCAGUUCCAGCGAGAAGAAUGCCAGUGCAGUGGGCUCCAACGAGAAGAACAAAAGCGUGGUCAGUUCUAGAGUGAAGAACACUACCGCGGCGAGCUCCAACGAGAAGAACAACAGCAUGAACAGUUCUGGUGCGAAGAACACCACCGCGGUGAGCUCCAACGAGAAGAACAAAAGCGUGGUCAGUGCUGGUGUGAAUAACACCACCGCAGUGAGCUCCAACGAGAAGAACAACAGCAUGGUCAGUGCUGGUGAGAAGAACACCAGCGUGGAGAAUGAACCGAGUGCAGCAAACCCUCAGCACAGCGAUGGCAGGAGCAAGGUAGGCGACGGCGAGGAGAGACCUGACAGCCGCCCGGGCAGUGCAGCGGAGGGCAAGAAGUCUGAGUCGGUGAGGUCUCCAUCGCGGAUACCCCGCGCGGUGAAGGCUGUGAGGUCGCCGCUCACGUCCCGCCCCGCGUCGCCGACCCCGGCGGAGAGGACCCAGCCCGACAGCAGAGCCGACCAGCAGAACCCCAGCGCUCCCGAGCCCGAGCCCUCUCUGGCGCUGGUGGCCGCCACCACCACAGCGCCCUCUCUGCAGCUGGCCGCCGUGGACCAGGAGUCCAGGCCCGAGGUCCCUGCGCCCCAGCCAGGGCCCCAGCCGGCGAGGAUCACCCAGGAGGCCCAGCCGGCGAGGGUCACUCAGGAGGCACAGGCAGUACGGGUGGCACAGGAGGCACAGGCAGUGCGGGUGGCACAGGAGGCACAGGCAGUGCGGGUCACUCAGGAGGCACAGGCAGUACGGGUGGCACAGGAGGCACAGGCAGUGCGGGUCACCCAGGAGGCACAGGCAGUGCGGGUCACCCAGGAGGCACAGGCAGUGAAGGUCGCACAGGAGGCUCAGCCCGCCGCCCAGCCGCCCAGGACGGCGGCCAAGGCCCUGGGCAGGCUCAGCCCUCGCGCCAAGCCACCCUCCCAGGAGAAGCCCAAAGCGACACCCGUGCGCUUCUCGGAGACCGUCACCGAGAAGCCAGUGAUGGGAGACCUGAUCAUCGAGAAGCCACUGCCGGGAGACGCGAUCACCAAGAAGCCGGUGAAGGGAGACGCGAUCACCAAGGAGCCGGUGAAGGGAGACGCCACCAAGGAGCCACCGGUCCAGGGGGAGGCUGUCACGGAGACGCUGGUGAAGGGAGACGCCGAGACCGACACUCAGAGUGGCAACAACAUUUCUACAGCCGGGUGA